AUGAGAUAUCUGGAUACUCUCUGGGAGGAUCUUGAAGCAGAGCUUGAAUCGCAUCGAAAAGCACUGGAGAAAAUUUCCGUCACUGUUGAUAGUUACAACUUAUCUUCAAAGUUCAAUGAAGUUGACGCUAAAAUCUCCGCGAAGCUUGACCGGUCAGAAUCCGUCAAGAAGCGCAUCGAAAUCGACGUCGAUCACUGGCGAAACAUCUCCGGCAGCCUUGAAGAGUACGCAGCUUGGAUUGUAUCCAAACAGCCUUCUUCCGAAAUCGGCGAUUUGUCCUCCUCUCCAUCUGUUGAAGAUGCUCUCAACAAAAAGGCGAAUGAUUGUGGAAUGCUUCUAGUGGAAAUGGAAGCGAAGCAAUCUGUCAUCGAGACAGCUUUGGAGAGCUCGGCGGACGCGCUCAAGAGUUUUGAAAAACUCGGAGUUGAAGAAUCCACGCUUGAGAGCUCUACCCAAGCAGUCCUUGGAAAUCUGAGGGACAGACAGUCUGAAACAAAGAACGCCUGGACAGAUUUGCAGACAAGUGUCAACGCACGAAAAGAGCUCAUUCUACGAAAAAUCGAGUCGUUGAAAUCUUUCAAAGAAAAGAUUCAAAUCAUCAAUGAAAUCUGUGAUCGGCACAGCGAAAAGAUCCCAACCGACGAUGUGAAGGCCGGAGAGGUCUUUAUUUCUGAAAUGAAAAAGCAACUCAAUGGAGAACUCGCUGGAUAUUCCGAGCUUCAACGAGACGCCGACACAGUUCUCGAACGAUGGGAAUGCGCAAAGAAGGAAAAAGAAAGCUCAAAGAGUGCCUCUCGGCCAGCUUCGAUUAUCAUGGAAGAGCCAGUCACGGUCAUGAUUCCAGAAGAGCCAGUGAUGUCUCAGCCAGACUCACCUGACGAUUCUUUCCAACCAGAUAUUUCCCUAAAUGCAAGAAGCAGUGCUGAGAGUUCAAAACUCCAGCCCGAGGCGAAUGACGCCAUUAACACCAGGCCAGUUGACUGGGAACGUCAAGAAAAAGACAACGGAGUUCCUUACUACGUUAAUCACAUGACAAAGAAGACAGUAUGGACUCACCCAGUCCUGACCGAGUUCAUCAACGGUCUACAAACUCUCAACAAAAUGCGCUUCUCCGCUUAUCGAACCGCCAUCAAGCUCCGUAAAAUCCAGAAGAAGCUCACUUUGGACUACUUCAACAUUGACAAUAUGCAGAAGGCAUUCAGAACUGUUUCUCCUGAUCCGAAUGCAACGAUCGAGGUGAUCGUUUUGGCUGAGAUUCUUUAUGAUCUGUACGAAAAUUCUAAGCAGCGCGCUCAACAGGCCGACUUGACUCUCAAUUGGCUACUCUCCGUUUUCAACCCUAAGCGAGAAGGAACCAUUCCAGUUCUCUGUGUCAAGGUUGGCCUCGUUGCUUUGUGCGGCGCGCAGCUGGAGCAGAAGUACAGAUAUCUUUUCACCGCUGCCAGUGGUGCGAAGAAAACGAUGAACAAGGAAGGCCUCAAAGCUCUUGUCUACGCGCUGGUGCAAAUUCCAUACCAUCUCAAGGAACACGUCGCCUUUGUCGGAGGCGAACUCAACGUGGAUCCGACUGUCGAAAGCUGCUUCCAAUACAGAGGAAAUCCCAAGAGUCCAACCCUUCACAUGGACGACUUCAUGAAAUGGUGCUCACUUGAACCUCAAUCAAUGGUCUGGGUUCCAGUCCUCCACCGACUGAUUUCAGCCGAGAAAGUCACUCAUAAUGUCAAAUGCCAAUGCUGUAGCAAUAAGGACUUCACUGGCUUUAGAUACAAAUCCCUCAAGCGAUUCCGACAUGAUCUCUGUCAAGAAUGCUUUUUGUAUGGCAAGGCAAAUGAGAAGAAACUCGUUCAUUAUCCCUUGGUCGAGUAUUAUAACGCGACUGGAACAAGCGAAAACAUCAGGGACUUUAUGCGAACUGCUAAAAACAAGCUCUCGCGCAAGAAAAAGACCAAGCGCCCACCACUAGGCUAUCUUCCGAUUAAUCCUCAACGAAGCGCAAGCUUUGACAACUCAAGAAACUCAAAUAACUCAACCCUCAAUGCUUCUGGAAUAGAUGAAUCACUGAAUCUUCCAACGACUCCCGAGAAAAACGGCUUGAAAAUGUCGAAAUCGGAGAAUGACACUAGUUUAUCUUCGAUUAAGGAGAGAUCCGAAACGACAGAUUUGGAAAAGGAAAAGAUCAAAGAGCUGAGCGCCGAGUUGUCGAAACCGACGACGAGGUAG